AUGUUUUUUUACUUGCAUGGCUCGCCUCCUCUCUAUCUUUCUCUCUCUCUUAAACCCUCAAUUCAACGGCGGGGAUUCAAAAUCUCCGGCGAUCCGACGGCUGAUUCACUCCAAGAAAAUCAUUCGAUCUUGAAGAAGAAGAAGAAAAAGGGGACAUUUUCGAGUUGCGUUAAGGUUAUGCCUGGGAAUAAGUACAACGGAAACUCAUCUGUUCCAACAAGUCGUAUCGAGAGGCUUUUGAGAGAAAGAGAAUUAAGAAAAAACAGUAAAGCUUCUUAUAGUAAUGAAGCUAACAAUGAUGGAAUUGGAAUCGAGUAUGGUGAGAAUUUAGUUGAACAGUAUCUAGAAGGUGCUUCUUCAGCUGCACGUGAUGGGUGGGAAAAGCCCGAUGGAGGGUUGUUUACACAGCGGUUGUUGGUGGUUGCUAAUAGACUGCCGGUUUCUGCCGUUAGAAGGGGGGAGGAGAGUUGGUCUUUAGAGGUUAGUGCUGGUGGCCUUGUUAGUGCUCUUCUUGGGGUUAAGGAGGUUGAGGCGAAAUGGAUUGGAUGGGCAGGUGUAAAUGUCCCUGAUGAACCUGGUCAAAGAGCUUUGACCAAAGCAUUAGCUGAAAAGAGAUGCAUACCGGUGUUUCUUGAUGAAGAAGUAGUGCAUCAAUAUUACAACGGUUAUUGCAACAACAUAUUAUGGCCUCUUUUCCAUUACCUUGGUCUUCCACAAGAAGAUCGAUUAGCCACAACAAGAAGUUUUCAAUCCCAAUUUGCAGCAUACAAAAAAGCAAAUCAAAUGUUUGCAGAUGUUGUAAACGAGCAUUAUGAAGAAGGUGAUGUUGUUUGGUGCCAUGAUUAUCAUCUUAUGUUUCUUCCAAAAUGCCUUAAAGAUCACAAUAGCAACAUGAAAGUCGGUUGGUUUCUUCAUACUCCAUUCCCAUCUUCUGAAAUUCAUAGAACAUUGCCUUCUCGCUCUGAGCUUCUACGCGCAGUUCUUGCCGCCGAUUUGGUUGGUUUUCAUACGUAUGAUUAUGCAAGACACUUUGUUAGUGCUUGUACUCGUAUACUUGGACUUGAAGGAACACCUGAAGGAGUAGAGGAUCAAGGGAGGCUCACUAGAGUUGCUGCGUUUCCAAUUGGAAUAGAUUCAGAUCGAUUUAUUCGUGCACUUGAGAAUCCUCAAGUACAAGAACAUAUUAAAGAAUUAAAAGAGAGAUUUUCUGGGAGAAAGGUUAUGUUAGGAGUUGAUAGGUUAGAUAUGAUCAAAGGGAUUCCUCAAAAGAUUCUUGCAUUUGAGAAGUUUCUAGAAGAAAAUCAAUAUUGGCGUGAUAAAGUGGUUUUAUUACAGAUUGCAGUUCCAACAAGAACAGAUGUUCCUGAGUAUCAGAAACUCACAAGUCAAGUCCAUGAAAUUGUGGGCCGAAUAAAUGGAAGAUUUGGGACUCUCACAACUGUUCCUAUACACCAUCUGGAUCGAUCUCUUGAUUUUCAGGCUUUAUGUGCACUAUAUGCUGUUACUGAUAUAGCAAUUGUCACAUCAUUGAGGGAUGGAAUGAAUCUUGUUAGUUAUGAGUUUGUUGCAUGCCAAGAUGCUAAAAGAGGGGUGCUGAUUUUAAGUGAGUUUGCAGGUGCUGCACAAUCCCUUGGUGCUGGGGCUAUUCUUGUUAACCCUUGGAACAUAACUGAAGUUGCAGCUUCAAUAGGCCAAGCUUUGAAUAUGACACCUGAAGAAAGAGAGAAACGUCAUCGCCAUAAUUUUUUACAUGUCACAACUCAUACAGCUCAAGAAUGGGCAGAAACUUUUGUAAGCGAACUGAAUGAUACUGUAGUUGAAGCACAACAAAGAAUAAGACAAGUUCCACCACUACUUCCGGUUGAAGAGGCGAUCGAGUGCUAUUUACAAUCAAGUAACCGUUUGGUCAUACUGGGAUUCAGUGCUACAUUAACCGAACCAGUUGAUACUCCUGAUAGGCGUGGAGGCGAUCAGAUCAGAGAAAUGGAUCUAAAAUUGCAUCCUGAAUUAAAAGAAUCACUAAUAAAACUUUGCAAUGAUCAAAAUACAACGGUUGUUGUCUUGAGUGGAAGCGAUCGAACCGUAUUGGAUGAAAACUUUGGUGAGUUCAACAUGUGGUUGGCUGCUGAGAACGGAAUGUUUCUGCGGUCUACUAGAGGAAGCUGGAUGACAACAAUGCCCGAACAUUCAAAUAUGGAAUGGGUCGACAGUGUCAAGCAUGUGUUUGAGUAUUUUACGGAACGAACACCUCGAUCACAUUUCGAGCUUCGUGAGACAUCACUGGUAUGGAAUUACAAAUACGCAGAUGUUGAAUUUGGGAGGCUUCAAGCACGUGACAUGCUCCAACAUCUGUGGACGGGCCCCAUAUCCAAUGCUUCCGUGGAUGUUGUACAAGGUAGCCGCUCUGUAGAGGUCCGAGCAGCCGGUGUAACUAAGGGUAUCACAAUUGUUCGUAUAUUAGGGGAGAUAGUUCAUAGCAAAUCCAUUUCAUCCCCAAUUGAUUAUGUCCUAUGCAUUGGCCAUUUUCUUGGAAAGGAUGAAGAUAUAUACACCUUUUUUGAGCCAGAGUUACCCUCUAAUAGCAUGGGUAUUCCUAGACCGAAGCAAAGUGAUGCUACAAAGCCUCAGGGAAAAAGCGGGUCAUCAAAAUCUUCUCAAAAACAGAGUCACCAACACCAACGACCUUUUGAUAAUAAGCGGAUGAAUAAUAAUAAUAAUAAUAAUAAUAAUAAUAAUAAUAAUAGAAAUCAUCAUGUGUCAGAGAAUGGUGGGAAACGAUCCUCCGCAUCGCCGGAUAAGGUAUCGUGGAAUGUUCUUGAUCUAAAAGCGGAUAAUUAUUUCUCGUGUUCCGUGGGAAGGACACAUACAAAUGCUCGGUAUCUGCUUCCAACAUCGGAUGAUGUGGUGUCGUUUCUUAAGGACCUUGCUCAAGCUACUUGA